AUGAAGGAGCACGAAGAGGAGGAUGUGAUCGACCUGUGGCUUCCUCUCCAGCCGAGGGCCGGCAAGAAGGACAAAGUGCAGGGCAAGAUCCACAUUCGAUUCUUGUACUCCUGCUCGGCGGUAUCCAUCCUCACCUGCGCAUUCCACGAUCCUUAUCCUUAUCGUUGCGUGUGGGUGUCACAGGAAACCAAGCCGACAGAAGACAGGGGGCAGCAGAUCUUCUUCUACGAUGACUACAUCGACAGCUUCAAGACGGGCGACCUGAUAGCCUAUAGCGGCAUCGGCGCGCUGCACUCAAUGACAAAGCUGGCGACCAACUCGCCAUACUCACACGUGGGCAUGAUCUUCCGACUGCCCAACAAGUGGACGCGCCGGGACGACUUGUUUGUCCUCGAAGUGGCCAGGAAUAAUGAAGGUGCCCUCCAGAUCUUCAUAGACCCUAGAUACUUUAUGUUCGCUUACGUGACGCACACGUUCCAGCGCCUGUACCCCGUCGAUGUCGUCAAGUACGAGUGCUUCGGCCAGCCCAUCCUGCUCCGCGACGUUGACUUCAGCGUCCAGACGCAAAAGUCGCAGCUCCCUCAGCACUUCUUCAUCGUCCAGGACCCUGUGGCGCAGAUGGGCGUGCAGGCAGCACCCUCGCCCGGGAGUGGCUCGAGCCUGCCCCAGGGCUAUGCUGCGCAGCCGCAGCCGCAGCCGCAGCUGACACCACCACAGACCCCGCCGCACCAGCUGGCGCAGCAGGGCCAGCCGAUGAUGUAUGCCGUCGAUCCCGCGCAGCAGCAGCAGCAGGCCAUGAUGGCCCAGCAGGCCGCCGCUACCUUGCGCCCGCCCGUGGGCGGCUUCUACCCGCCGCAGCAGGGCUACCCGCCCCAGGCCACCCCUCCGCAUACUCCCCCUGGUCCCCAGUCUCAGCAGCAGCAGCAGCAGCAACAGCAGCAAAUGUUCAUGCCGGCCAUGUACGCCUAUCCGGCGACCCAGAUGCCGGCCGCCUACCUCCCGCAGUACUAUCCGGGCUCGCCGCACCAGGUGCCCUACGGCGGCGCCAUGUCGUCGUCCGCGCUCCCCUCGGUCUACGACGUGCAGCAGCACAGCGGAAGCCCGCACUACCCGUCGCCUCUCUCGGACAGCGGCGGCGGCCACACCAACCCGCCGCCGUUCAACCCCGAGUACGCCGCCGCGCACGAGUUCAAGCGCCUCUCCCUGUCCGGUCAGCAGUAG